UGACAACUGAGAACAAAAGAUCAGAAUGUAUCAACGAGUCUAUACAAACGACUCGGAUGUGCUCAUCCUGGGUCUCUACUUUGUCUUUAUCCUCUACCAACUCGUCAACAGAAAGAGCUAUCACCCCCAUCCAGCUCUACCAUAUCACACGGUUGCCGGCCUGGCCGAACUAGCCCUCUACUAUGGCGGCUAUCCAUGCUCUCUCCCCGCCGUGGCAGCGUGUCUCGUCCACUCCGCCACAUCCUGGAUGCUCGUCAAACACCUCAAAAAAGGCUAUCCCCCUAUCACCAAACCAUCCUACCAGGCAUCAGGCCUCAUGCGACCACUCGUCAUACUCCACGCAUACCACACCCAAGAGCCAAUGGCCUACCACGACGUCAUCAUGCCCCUCCACGCCUUCAUCUACAUGAGGGCCUUUCUCUUCCUCUUUUCCACCAUGGGUCCCACACGCGACUUUAUCAAGAAUAUGAAUUCGCGGUUCGUGUACGCGCUGGGCAUUACGGGCUCGGGAGCAAUGGCGUUUGGCCACUGUAGUAGUUCCUGGGCGGGUGUGGCGUACUUUAUCCUGGUGCACUUGGUGGGCAAGUUUAGUUUGUGGACGAGGAGGAUUUAUGAUUCUUACAUAUACGCCAAAAAACCCGUGCCAGAGUAUAUCCUCUUCUGCCGACGCAUCGGGGCGUUUAUCUUUGACAUUCCCACGGAAAACGAGAUGCAGGCGGCUGUUGCGGACGGGCCGAAGAUAGGAUAUUUGCCCAUGGAUCGGCUGGGGCAUGAUUGGGCGGCGUUUAACUAGACUGGUUCUGGGUCGGUGUGACCAAUAGAGGGUAUGAUAGAUGAUGACGAAAUAGACCUGGGAGCGGUGGUUGCACUUUAUUCAGCUUGUUUUGUUGGAGAUUCGGUGUAUUGCAGUCCGACUUUUUAUAUCUACCACUACAAACAUUACAGUAUGUCUAGAUUAGCCUCAUUCAUCUAGAGAUAUUUAGAUACAUAUAUAGACAGUCAUACAACAUGCUUAGAAUACCAGCUAUCUUUAAGCACAAUAUUAGGC